CAUCACCUGUGCUCCUGGAGCAAGGUUGAGGGCGCGCCAGGGACGUGCAUAACCCAUUCUGGUCGACCUUAUGAUCAGAGGAACACGCUGAUUGGCUCACGGGUGAACACGUAAGCCAAUGAACAGGAGCGGCGGAGGUGUGAUAGGGGUGAUGAGACUACCCUCGUAUGUGCCUCGGUGCUUGGGGGAAGCUCAUGUCUUGCUAGAUCGUGAUCGUGUAACUAGGCCAUAAAUAUUACGCUUACUGGAUUACCAGAUGGAGACGCCUGAGGAUUUUGGUCUCGUAGACCUUGAUGUCCCUCAAGUACAUGCCUCCGGGGGGUGCAGCUUGGUUGAAUUGCAGGAAGAUCAAGUGGCUGAUUCUGGCGCAGACAAGUCGUCUGGAGAUCAAGGCACCGAACUUGAUGUAAACAAACUGGGUGAAGGUCAAGUGAACGAGACCGACAUGAACAAACCAGAUGAAGGUCAAGUGAACGAGACCAACAUGAACAAACCAGAUGAAGGUCAAGUCAACGAGACCGACGUGAACAACCCGGCUGAAGGUCAAGUGAACGAGACCAACAUGAACAAACCGGCUGAAGGUCAAGUGAACGAGACCGACAUGAACAAACCGGCUGAAGGUCAAGUGAACGAGACCGACAUGAACAACCGGUCUGAGGAAUGCGCAGAGAAUGAACCCCAGAAGUCUCCAGGUGUUGGUGAGGAUACUGUUGAUGUGGCAGUUGAACAACGGGAAAGUACAGAAGCCAUUCAUACCUCAAAUAACGACCUUCCUGCACCAGUCUCCAAAAUGUUUCCAAAGGCAUUGCCUUUUAAGGUGCGGGUGUUGUAUGACUUUGACUCUCAGCCUGGAACUGGUGAGUUGAGUAUCAAAGAAGGAGAGAUACUCAGUGUUACUCGGCAAGAUGUUGGAGAAGGCUGGUGGGAAGGUUCCAACUCUCAAGGUCAGGCUGGACUUUUCCCUGCUGCAUACGUUGAGGAAGUUACAGCAACUGCCCCCCCUCCAAUGCCUCCACCCCCUUUGCCCACCGAAUAUGCCAAUGUUGGUGGUGAGAGUGGGGGAGAUAAUUUUAAUACACAACAGGACCAUACAACCAGUACAGGCUUCAAUGCAAAUGCUCAAAAGCGACCAGUAUCACAGCAGAUGAGUUACGAUAAUGAUGAUUGGGAUGAUGACUGGGAUGAUGAUGAUUCCGAGCCAGGAAACAACUACCUCAAUGGUGCAGGAACCUUUGGGUUAUCUGCACCAAAUCGUGCUGCCAAAACAUCAAGCAGUGUGGGAGAUGUUAGCACAGCAGGUCGAGAUGGCCGAGGAACAGUCAGAAAGAGCUUCAACCGUUUCUCAAACUUAGCAAAAAGUGGUGUUGAAGACUUCCUUGUAGGAGCAGGUAAAGCAUCUGUGGAUGAGAAAGAUAAAGUGUUUGUGGAAGAUUAUGGGAAUGGACCAGUGUGGAGGCCAAACCCCCAUGAGUUUACAUGUGCCAUAUCCUCCCCCAAAAAAGAGUCAAAAUUCCAUGGAAUGAAGAGCUUUAUUGCAUACACAUUGAUGCCUUCAUUCUCGGCAACACCCGUUUCAAGGAGGUACAAGCAUUUUGAUUGGAUACAAGGUCGAUUGAGUGAAAAGUUUCCUCUAAUACCCAUACCACCAUUACCUGAAAAACAAAUCUCGGGGAGAUUUGAGGAUGACUUAAUUGAGUACAGAAUGACAAUGCUUCAGUCAUGGGUAGAUCGUAUCUGCAGGCACCCAGUAAUAUCUCAGUGUGAGGUGUUUCAUCAUUUUGUUACAUGUCCCAAUGAUGAAAAAUUAUGGAAAACUGGGAAACGCAGAGCAGAAAAUGACAAGCUGGUUGGAGCUAACUUCUACUUGGCAAUUGAAAGACCUGAUAAUGCCCUGGAUGUAAUGCAAACGGAAGCCAAACUUGAAGGCUACAAUCGCUUCUUCUCCAAUCUGGAUGAUGCUGUCAAACUACUCCAAAACACCUGUAUGGAUCAAGCCAAAAAACAUCAAACUGCUUUCAAGAGAGAGUAUAAUAAAAUCUCCCAUUCAUUCUCUAAGCUCAGUAGAGCCUUUGAUACUGAUCCCUCAAAUUGUGCACCUGGUCUGACAGAAGCUAUUCACCAUAUGAGUGAAGCAUACCAAGAUAUUGGCACCGUGUUUGAGGAGGAGCCAAAACAUGAUUGGGAUCCAUUAUGUCAUCUGCUCUUUGAAUACAGAGGCCUUAUUGAUGGUUUUCCCAGUGUCAUUAAUAUAACUAAGGGAGCAAUAGCUAAGAGAAGGCAAGUUGAAAAGGAGGCUAAUGAAGGCCGUUUGGAUUAUGACCAAGUUCCUCCUAUGGUCAGACGAUCAGAUACCAUAGCUUACGCUCUUCAUGCUGAAGUGGCUCAUUUCCAUCAAGAGCGAAAAAGAGAUUUCAAGAAAGCCAUGACCUCCUUCCUAACUGAACAAAUUAAUUUUUAUCAGAAAGUUACUGAUCGGCUACGGGAGUCCCUGGAGAAAUUUAACGACGUGUAGGUUUUUAUAUUAAUUUGUGAACAUCUUGUUAGCUAUGUAAUACAUGAUUUUGUAUGUAAACGCGUUACCUAUUUGGAUGUAGGCUUGUAAAUAUUUUUUAUAAGAGGCACAGCUUCUGUGAAGUGUUGUACAUUACCAAAUAAUAUUUGCAAGUUUUUUCCAGUGUGAAGAGAAACAACAUGAGUCGUAUACAGAUUAUUUCCAUUUGUAGUAGUUAUUUGAAAAUAUUAUCCUGGUAUGAUGAAUAUUUUGUGGAAAAAUUAUUUAAAUGGUAUGUGCUUUUAAGAUCAUUUGAUGCUCAAAAUUGUGUUGCAGAUCUUUUGUAUUUUCAUGUGUGGGGCACAGGAGUAAAUGACUUCUGACUCCUGUUAGCAGGCUGAGAGCUUUCCUCCUUGCCAUAGCUCAUGGUAAGCCUUACCCACUAGUAUCCCCUGGAACACGACCUGACAAUCAGUUAAUAACCAGAUAACCAUUUACUGCUGGGUGAACAUGGGCAAACAGUUAAGGAUUGGCACCCAAACAAUCCUCCUUAGGUCAGGACUCAAACUUAGACCAAAUCACUCAUGAGGUGCGGGGCAAGUGUAUUACCACUGCACCACUAGGAACUGUAAUGUUAAAAUUGAGAUUUCUUUACCUUUGCUUCUCGCACUCAAAAUACUGACAAUUAUCAGGACUUGAUAACCAGGAUGUUAUAUCAUGACCAUGGCAGAAACAAAGUUUUAGUACUGUACUUAAAAGCUGAAUUACUUUAAUUUCAUGACAAUACUGAUUUAUCCAGAACCAAAAUUGCCAGUUUAUUGUUGAUGCUUAUUUACCUAUCUUCAUAAUCAUAACAGGUAUACUGGAAAUAGGAUAAACAAAUUUAGAUUAUCAAGCUCAUCGAGGUAUAGAUUUCCGUUGUUCCAACAUUAUUAUUGCUGUCAUACUACUAUUGAUUUUGCAUUUUCUAUAUCUUCCUUUAUUUUUAUUUGACGAGUAUUAAAUUAAAGACAUUACUGUAUAUUGCUAAGUUAAAGAUACAGAUGUCUUUAAAUUAGCAAAUAAAAUCUCUACCCAAUACAGUGUCUUUUAAUUUAUCAGUCAUUUGUGCUUUUUGUUGUAAAACUGGAGUUGUGUGUUCUUGUAUUUUUUGCUUUAUUGUUCAGGUUUUCAUUAUUGCCCACCCUCUUCUCAAUCCAUUUAAAAUGCCACAACAAUUAAAAUGUUAACUAAUAAGAAAACUAUAAAUAUGUAAUUAUAUUCCUUUCCAUGCUACACUGCACAUCAUUGAUAAACUUGUAGAACUUAAAUAAAACUUAAAUAAACUUUUCUAUUCAAUCCAAUAACUUCUAUUCAUACACAACAUCUUCAAAAUUAAUAGCCAACAUAAUGACCAAACCACACAUCAGAAGAUGGAGAAACGACGUUUCAGUCCAGCCUGGAUCAUUAUCAAGUCGUAUGUGGUCCAGGACGGACCGGAACGUCAUCAUUUCUCCAUCUUCUGAUGUGUGGUUUGGUCACUAUCUUCAACAACAUUGUGACUCAUUGCCUUCUGAUAAGUAACAUGAUCAGUGCCAUUUUAGACAAGGAAAAAAUAACACGCUGUAGAAAUGUACUACCAAUCCCCUCGGCCUUCCUUUUGUUACUGAAACAAAGUGAAAAUAUUUGUGGCUAGGUAGUGUAUUAGCAACACAAGAUUAAUUCAUGGCCACUUAGUGAAAGACACCUGCCCCAUAUUUUCCUAACUGCAUUGUUCUACUAACACUUGUGGCUCUUUGUAGAAUGUUCAAAUUUUUGGGAUCGGAAAUUUUGCUUUCCUUCUGUACCUUAAAGUCAGUCUCUUGGUAGAAUCAUCAGUGACACUAGUUCCUUAAUAUCACUUGUCUUGUGUCUUUCUCUUAUAUUUGCAUCCUGAAUUGCAUCUAGGAUCUCUUGAAUAUUCUAUAACAUUGCUAUAUAGUCAUCCCAGAAUAGUUUUUCUUUAAAAAAAAAAUGAAAUUACUUCCACUGACAAGAAACAUUAGUUUACUCAUUUAAUUGUACCAGUAUUCUCUCUGAAUUUCCCCAAGCCUUUUGCCAUCACAUCCCAGUUACUAUAGUUUGUAUUCCUUCCUCCCAAGAUAAUUCACACUAUAUGUUCAUUCAUGUUCUACAUAGAGCAAGGUCAUGGAUAUUCAUUGUGCAAACCCUCAUUUCAUGUUUUUGUGCUGUAUGUAUCUAUGUUAAUACUAUAAAUUACUUGCUCUGGUCAAUAUGGUCCUUGGCAAUAAAGUAUUGGCAUGAUAUUAAUGCAAUUUUUUUGCAUUUAGUUAUUACCAAUAUUAAAAAGAACCAAGCAAGCAUUUGUGGGGAAAGAAGGGAUAUAUUAUCUGUUGACCUACUACCAGUGAGUUUGGAAAUUCCGUCCUUUCAUAAAUACUGUACUGUACUACACAGAAGAGUUGCCCGACACCCAUAGUAGAACACAAUGGCAGGAACUGAGGCUUGUUAUAAAUUGGCUAUACAUAUAUUUUGUUUUCCCCCCCAGUAAAAUAUGUACAUGGUCUUAUGGUAUGCUAGUCUUCCUGUGUUAAUAUUUAAAAUACAGUUCCAAGUACAUUAAUUAUAUAUUUUUUUUUACAAACUUUUAUUUGUAUUUUUCAUAAUUAUUCGUUUCAGGAACUUUGUGUAUACUGGUACUAGUACUUGUAACAGUUUAAAGUGCCGAUGACACACUUGUAUGUUAAGUAAUUUCUACAAAGACGAAACAUUGGAGAGUAACCCAUUCUUAACUAUUUAAUUAUGGAAGUGAUGUAUGCUGAACUUGUGUUGCUGAGUAUGUCAAGAACACUUUUAAUGAUUUAAAACAUGAAUAUAUUAUGAUUAUAUUUUUAGGGUUGUAUUAUCGAUGAAUUAAUAAGUUACUUUUGUAUAUUACAUGUUUUUUUGCAGUAGAAUUUUAUAUCCUUAUAUUACAUAUUUUGAAGAAAGGGGCUUUAAACCAAAGACAUGUGUGAUAAUUUCUUCUGGUCUCUAACUUGGUAAAGUUUUACGAGUAAGAAGAAUAGUCAUGGCCAUUAGAGUGAUCAGGUGCUCUGAACUUAAUGUGCAUUUUCAGUAUAUGUCGUGUAGCAUUGAGCAUAGCAGAAAGUGUUCUAUUUUGUCAGGGGUCAACAUUGCUGAUCUAACUAUGAUAGAUUUGAAAUGGAGAAAGUAUAUAUUCCAGUGCUAUAAAUUAGUUAUGUUAAGGUUUAGAAUUAUGAAGACUACUCUUUAAGUCAUAUGAAUAGAUAUUUUGCCAUUUGGUUAUUGCCAGAAAUUUCUUGUAUAUGUGUAGUACUAAGAAACAUUUUUGUAUUGUUGUAAUCCAUAUACCAGUAUUGACAAACUUCAAGAGUGCCUUGAUAUUUAUUGUACAUUUUCUGGGUGGCCUCUGUUGCUCCCUGGUGGCUCUGUGGUUCUGGAACCACAGAGACAUCCACAAAACGUCCAAGCCUCUGGACUUGUGCAGAUCUACCGAACACCACAACCAGAGUCUGAUCUACUCAGAAGAAAAUAAGGAAAAGUGGUAUUUUGCCCCUCUCUCCUUUUUCCAAUCUUGAGGUGUUUGCAGUAAACACUUUUUGCUUGUGCUGGAAUCGGUGGAACUUUCUUUUUCUCUUUUCUUCGUUCCAGCUGCUCCUUUCGGUUCUGGUCAGAUUAGGGUAGCAUCAUUCUUCACGCUCUCAUGUGGCCAGUUUAGUCUUUUUCUUCCAUUCACGGACUCUACCUCAGGAUAGUUAGGAGUCAAUGGUACUGCUACUUAGGUGGGGACCAGGUGAUAGCUCUUUUAAUUUAUCAAAUACCUCUUCCUUGGUGCCAGUAUGAGGUGACUUAACAGACCUCUUGACCCUUUCUCUUCAUCAGUUACCUAAUGUUUCUGUGCCAGUGGUCAUGCCAUUUCUUUGGUUCACCCUUGCAAAAGCUUCUUCGCUGCUUUUGGGGCAAAUGUCUUUUUUUUUUUUUUUUUUUCCUCCUCCUGGCCGAGGGUAAGAAAAAAAAAGCCUUGAUUCCUCCUGAUGAACCUAUAUGGUUCGUUCUUUUGUCCUCCUCUCAAUUUCUUGUGUGCCUCUGUUUGGAUGAUGAUUUUAAUUUUCAAGGCAGUUUUUCUGUUGGCUCUUGCUUCUGGUAGGCCUAUUUGAAAAAUUCAUGCUUAUUCAUCAAAGGAUAGUAUUUUGUUCUUUUCUCUAUGGACUGCUCUUUGUCUAUUUUGGCUAAGAAUGAAUCCUAUAUUUUUUAAUACUAUUGGGUGCACUUGAGUGAUUUGUUGACUUUGUGCAAACUUUCACUUCAAUAGUUUCAAUCUUUAACUUAGUCACUGUACUGUACUGUUGCUUAACCUAUAAUUUCUUGGUAACUUUAUUUUGGUUAGUCUCUAAUGCAUGUGCUUUCCCUUCUAUCUAUGAGCACAUCAGUUCCUGGUCCUUAGGUUAGGUAAGCAUGCACAAGACCAGAGACCUGGUAGUUUUAUGGAUCUCUCUAGUAGUACAGACAAUGAACUGAUAUGUUACUAAGGUCACCCAGGAAAGAGCAUUUCAUUAAAUUCAACACCUGAUUUUUUUGUCUUUGUUUUUAUAUUUUUUCUCAAGACAGGAUAGCUAGCCUUUGCCAUUAUUAUGUUUGUUUACUAUUUAAGGCUUAAAUGAAGAAAAAAUAAAAAUUCAAAUUUGAAUUCAUGCAUGUAUACAAGGAUGUGUGUGUAUAUAUGCAUUUGUGUGUGUGGGGGUGGACAUGCAUAUGUAUGCACAUAGUAUCUACUGAGAAUGACCUAGGUGUGUAUGCUGGAGGUGGGGUUUAGUGAAGGCGGUGUUGUGACCAUGGAAGAUAUAUUUUGUGGCAAAAUUAUCAAGCAAGUUUUACUUCCUAUCAGGUGUACUGUAAUUUUGCUGUUAUAAAUCGGUAGUGAGUUUCGAAGUAUCAUUCUCUAUUUAAUGAUUAUUUUUGACAAACAUUUCAGUACCUCCAUUAAUUCUUUGUUCUCCACCUAUAAUAUAACCUUGGAAGUAGAUAGUUAAUUUAGCAUCUAAGUCUCUUAAAAUUGUUUUAAAAUCUUCCUUAAGUACUGUUUCUUUAUAAGGAAUGUGUUUUUAUUAUGGCAUAUUUGUACAGUACUUUGAAAAAGGUCAGAAGGCAUGCAAAACAGAUUUAAUGCAGUAUGUAUUCCAUAAGUUGCUUCUUUCUUCAUAUGUCACUGCUAUACAGUAGAUACAUGUGUUUCAUUUUGUGAUGUGAAUAUUUCACUCUUACAAAAAGGUAAACUAGAGUACUAAUCUGGAAUAAGUAUAUCAGCAGACUGCAUUUACAACUUAGGAAGACCAAGAUUCAAGUCAGGAUUUCAGAUGUAGGUGAACAUAAGUAAAAUGCUAAUUAUGAUAUAAGAUCAGUCCUGGGUGUCUAGUAUGUUAAAGCUUAGACCUGCCCACUCAUAUGGGCUUUCAGUAAACCUAAUUUUUACAAUGGUUACAGGUACAGGAAGACCUAGAUUUGCCAUGGUGGUAGAAAUAAUGAUAAUCUAGGUUUGUCCCUAGGGUUGUAGCCCCAAUUUCUAGGACCAGCUCCACAUAAUAGUACAGUAAGAUCCAGAUUCAAUCUUAAAUGUUAGAUAAACACAGGUGUGGGUAAUGUUACGUGAUUCCUAAGAACCAACACCUUUGUUUACCCCGUUUGCUCAUUUAAAAUAAUAGAUUUUUCAUACGUAGUUAAGGUGUCGAAGAUCAUAAUGCCCAUGGUUAAUGCCAUACAUGUUUUAUUUUGCCUUCAUUGAAUAGCAUUAAACAUUUUUGUUGCAGUUUAAGGUAACUAUUUAUUAAAUAUAAAUUUUUAUGAAAGUGCUAUUUGAUAUGCUAUUUCUUUUCACAAAAUUAUUAUUAGUUUCUUUAUGAAAUGUUUAUAAUGUUUAUUUUUGAGAAGCAUCAUUGGCUACCUUUGCCCUUAUCAUUAUCAGGAUUUACUUACACAAGUCUGUGAUAGAUUCCAGUCAGAUUUAGUGUACUUUCGUAUGGUUUAUGCAUGAUGUGUCUGAACCAGCAAUGACCCCUGGUUUUUCCUCCUGUUCGGUGACAUUCACCAUUGUAGAAUUUUUUUUUUUUCAUUUUGCAUAUUCUGUCAAUGCCAAUAUUGCUGUUCUAUAAGUAGUCAAAUACUGCAUAACACAUUCAUAUAUUUCUCAAAAGAAUUUUGGAGCUGAAUUAUAAACCUGUUUUAUCCAUUACGACUAAAUUUUGAAUUAUCAGGUGCUGUCGGAUAUUAUUCAGUAGUAUCAGUAAAAAAUUGGUUGUUAAUUAAUGGAAUAUACAAAUUACUGUGACAUUUUUAAACCACAAUCUGGCUUUGAAAUUAUUUAAAUUUUAAAUCAUAUUUCAAAAGAAAUUUGUACAUGUUAAUUAUUUGUAAAAAGAUUGUGCAUUUUAAGUUAAUAUAAACGAUUUGACAAAAGCAUAGUUUACUCAUUCAUUCAUUCAUUCCCAGUUUGUCAGGUAAAUGUAAAACUGAUGUAAAAUCAAAAUCAAUGUAAACUGAUUCUGAAAUGUUGACACCCAGAUAUAAGAAAUCAUUACCUAAUUUUUAUACAGUAUAUAUUUUAGUUUGAAAAUGUGACAAAAACCUAUAUAAAUGAAUAUAGUAACUUACAGUAUACUUUGGCAUUCGCAUAGUGGGCAAUAGUAUUGCCCCCACUGUGUUUCCUCGUACUAUUUUUUUUAAUUACUGUCUAAAUUAAAUGUUUGGUCAAUAUAAUAUUAUAUUCAAUACACAUACUGUAUUUAUCAUUGUUUAAUACUGCAACUUAACCACUCGUAUUAAUAAAUAAGCAUUUUGUGAGAAUUUGAGAAUGAUGAUAAUUUAGUCAAGAAAAUCACAACUAGCCACCAGUAAAUCACAAGGACAAAAUAAUAAUUAUUGUGAUUAAAAAUAUGAUUUACAUUGAGAAAUUAUUCCAUUAUGAACUGUAUUCUUUUGGUACACUUAAUAGAAUAUUUCAGUUCUGACUUUAAAAAGACUCAUUAUAUUUCAGAGAAAUAUGUUCCUAAAGUUUUAACAAAAUAUUGUCUUGUAUUAUCUUUUUGAAAGAGUGCACAUUUAUAACUUGAGAUAAAUGAAUUUUGUGUACUGCUGUUUUUAUACAUCUGAAAAUGUGUAGUAACUUCGAUGUGUAUUGUAAAAGCUUGUUAGUUUAUUUUGUUAAGUUGUAUCAAUCAUUUUCAUUUCAACAUUGCUUUACUCAAGUCUGAAUAAUUAAACUGCAGACUUAUGUUAAUGGUAUAGAGAGCGAGACUAUUGCAUGCAAGCAAUAUCAUCUGUUUACUUCAAGCUGCACCCUCAGCUUCUCUUUUGUUAUGGCAGUUUCCUACAUCUUUGUUUAUAAUGUAUUAUAGUGUAUUUUGUUGUACAUAUUGUAGAUUGGUAUACCCUAAUUUUUAAGAAUGGUGGCCCAUGCAUCGGCUCCAAUGCUCAUAUAAAUAUAGUGCAUGUAUGAUGAUCGGAGCUAUUUUAAUAUUUUUGUGAUUGUGCCCCAUACAAGGUUGACGUAUUUGCAUCAAAUGUUUGCCUCGGAAGAAAAUGAUGCUGACUGAGCACUCUUGGUCCAAAAUAUAUUCUGGUAUGACUCGGGCUUUAUUUAUACUGUACAGGUACUUCCAUUUGACUUAUAGAAUCGGUAAAGUUGUCAAUAUUACCCAGUUAUUCGGUUAAAGUUUAAGUAGAGCAUAUGUGAAAGCCCUAAUUGCCAAAGAGGUUGCCUAAAUCUGGAAUCUGUCAUUGGGUUAUUAGUAAUUAUUUAAUAUAAACUAUUAUUACAGUCAUGCAUGUGUUUUGCAGCUGUCUACCAUGGUUAUACAGUAACUAUCUUAUUUACAAAUCAAGCAAUAUUAUAAUUGGAGAUAUGAAAAUGCUGUGCAGCUUAUUCAUUUGACAAUUUAAUAUACUGUGUUUAAAAUUGGUUAUUAGUAGAAAUUAUUUCUUUUAAUCCUUGGGUGCCUACAUAAAAUGCAGGACAUCAUGAAUCCGUGACACGGAAAGAAAAACUAAAUACUGUACUGUAAAUCAUUUUGCAAGGGGGACAAGUAACCUGUGUAUAUAUAUGUUGAGUUUUUAUCAAUGUCCCCCCACCCCAGGAUGCAGCCCCACAAGAAGUCGACUAACUUCCAGAUACCUAUUUUUUGCUAUGUCAACAGAGGCAUUAGGUGAAAGAAAACAUUCCCAACCAUUUAUGUCCCGAGAUUCAACCCAGAGAGUUUUUUGCGAGUUAGAACGAACCAAACUGCCACAAAUAAAAAAUGGUGUCUGAAUAAAAGAAAGGCAUCACAUGAAUAAAUAGGAAAUGGUUAAAACUGAUUGUUGUGUAAAAGAAAAAAUUAAACUUAAACAGUAAGGUUGUAACCUGCUUGACAGCUAAAUACAGCCAUGUCUCCAAGAGUUUUUUUUUAUAAAUGAAUUAUAUUUUCUUCGUUUCAUUUGUAUUUACAAUAUAUAAAAGCACCAUAUAGUAACUUCAAAUUUGUAAAUUAUACAGUGCAGUAAUAUGAAAAAAACUUUGGGUUUAAAAGGCCUCUUGUCAAGUUUAGGAACCUUGGUGCCUAAGGGUUAGCAGCUGUUAUGUGAUUGUUAUAAAUAUAUGGGAAAAUAUUAGCGAAACUAAUAUGUUCAUGCAUUUCAAAAAUAUUAGACUGCCUCAUCAUGUGAAUAAAUAUACUAUAAUAAAGUUUGUCAUAAUAUUUUGCUCA